ACAAUGAAACUGCAGUUUAUACUUUGAUGCCAAUGGUAAUGGCUGAUCAGCACAGGUCUGUUUCAGAGUUGCUGGCAAACUCCAAAUUUGAUGUCAAUUAUGCCUUUGGUCGUGUCAAGAGAAGCUUACUACACAUUGCAGCAAAUUGUGGCUCUGUUGAAUGUCUUGUUUUGCUUCUGAAGAAAGGCGCAAAUCCAAAUUACCAGGAUAUUUCUGGAUGUACACCCCUUCACUUAGCAGCUAGGAAUGGGCAAAAAAAAUGCAUGGGGAAAUUGUUGGAAUACAGUGCUGAUGUGAACAUCUGCAAUAAUGAAGGUCUAACUGCGAUUCACUGGCUGGCUGUCAAUGGCCGGACUGAGCUGCUUCAUGACUUAGUACAGCACGUUACAAAUGUGGAUGUAGAAGAUGCAAUGGGACAGACUGCUUUACACGUGGCCUGCCAGAAUGGACACAAAACGACAGUACUUUGCCUUUUGGAUAGUGGAGCAGAUAUUAACAGGCCAAAUGUUUCUGGAGCUACCCCUCUAUACUUUGCUUGCAGUCAUGGCCAAAGGGAUACAGCACAAAUACUACUUUCAAGGGGAGCCAAAUACUUGCCUGACAGAAAUGGUGUCACUCCACUGGAUCUCUGUGUACAGGGAGGGUACGGAGAGACCUGUGAAAUUUUAAUACAGCACCAUCCCAGACUUUUCCAGACACUUAUUCAGAUGACACAGAAUGAGGAUAUCAAGGAAAACAUGUUGCGUCAAGUUCUGGAGCACCUGUGCCCGCAGAAUGAAAGUCAGUAUCAGAAGAUCCUAACCAGUCUGGCUGAGGUGACGACCACAAAUGGGCACAAGCUGUUGAGUUUAUCAAGUAACUAUGAAGCUCAGAUGAAGAGUUUGUUGAAGAUAGUGCGAAUAUUCUGUCAUGUGUUUCGCCUAGGCCCAUCCUCUCCCAAUAAUGGAAAUGACAUGGCCUACAAUGGAAAUAAAACUCCAAGAAGUCAAGUUUUCAAGGUCAGAAAAGUAUAUGACGUUAUUAGGAAGAUUGACGUAAAAGAGAUGAAUGUCACAAAGCAUGCAAACAUUAAUCAGACAACUGUUGAAAACGAACCUUUGGAACUACUUUGGCAUUCAUUGGACGAGUGGUUAGUUCUCAUUGCCACAGAGCUGAAGAAAGAUGAACAAGAUUCUGAAAUAGAUGCUAACAAUAUCACUUCGAUUCUCUUGAAACAAAAAACCCAACAUGAAGAGCCUGUGACUGUCCAAGUGUGUGAGGAUUUAAGAAAAGACCAACCUUCCUCCCUAGAUAACCUAGUGCAAAGUAGUAACUCGACACAAGAUACCAGUACAGAUGGCCUGGAUGUAAUCUCUAUGACAGCAAACCGUUUGAGUACUGUCAUCCAAGCAUUCUACAUGUGCUGUUCGUGCCAGAUGCCUCAGGGAAUGACAUCACCUCGCUUUAUUGAAUUUGUCUGCAAGCAUGAUGAUGUUCUCAAGUGCUUUGUCACAAGAAAUCCUAAAAUCAUUUUUGACCACUUUCACUUUCUUCUGGAGUGCCCCGAACUGAUGUCAAGAUUCAUGCACAUCAUUAAAGCACAACCCUUCAAGGACAGAUGUGAAUGGUUCUAUGAACAUCUUCAUUCAAAUCAUCCUGACUCCGACAUGGUGCACAGACCAGUUAGUGAAAACGACAUCUUGCUUGUUCGCAGAGAUUCAAUUUUCCAGAGCAGUUGUGAGGUUGUGUCAAAAGCAAGUUAUGAAAAAUUGAAGCAGGGUGUUGCUGUACGUUUCCAUGGAGAGGAAGGGAUGGGUCAAGGUGUGGUACGUGAAUGGUUUGACAUCCUCUCCAAUGAGAUCAUUAAUCCAGACUAUGCACUUUUCACACAGUCAGCCGAUGGAACCACAUUCCAGCCUAACAGUAAUUCUUCAGUUAACCCUGACCACCUCAAUUACUUCCGCUUUGCGGGGCAGAUUCUAGGUUUAGCCCUUUAUCACCGUCAGUUGGUUAACAUUUAUUUUACACGCUCAUUCUACAAACACAUCCUUGGUAUUCCUGUAAACUACCAGGAUGUAGCCUCUAUUGACCCAGAAUAUGCUAAAAACCUCCAAUGGAUUCUGGACAAUGAUAUCAGUGAUUUAGGUCUCGAACUUAUGUUUUCUGUGGAGACCGAUGUGUUUGGUGCAAUGGAAGAAGUGCCUUUAAAACCAGGAGGGACAAGUAUACUUGUUUCACAGGAAAAUAAGGCUGAAUAUGUGCAGCUUGUUACUGAAUUACGGAUGACUCGAGCUAUUCAGCCUCAGAUAAAUGCUUUCCUGCAAGGUUUUCAUCUAUUCAUUCCUCCCUCUCUAAUUCAGCUUUUUGAUGAGUAUGAACUGGAGUUGUUGCUUUCUGGAAUGCCAGAGAUUGAUGUAGCUGACUGGAAGAGGAAUACAGAAUAUACCAGUGGCUAUGAAAGAGAGGACCCAGUUAUACAGUGGUUUUGGGAGAUUGUGGAGGCAUUAACCCAAGAAGAAUGUGUUUUACUACUGCAGUUUGUUACUGGCAGUUCUAGGGUUCCUCAUGGGGGGUUUGCUUAUCUCAUGGGUGGCAGUGGCUUACAGAAGUUUACGAUAGCUGCUGUACCAUACACUUCAAAUCUGUUGCCAACAUCCAGUACUUGCAUCAACAUGCUAAAAUUGCCAGAAUAUCCAAGCAAAGAAAAUCUUAAAGACCGAAUUCUCGUGGCUUUGCACUGUGGCAGCUACGGCUACACAAUGGCAUGAAAAGAGCUGAAUGUUUGAAGCAUACACUCCCAAACAGAGUUUAUUAUUGCAACCAAUUUGGGUGAUAGGUGGGGGUGGAAGUGUUUGAUCAGUCUAAAAUUCAUAUGUGUCAUAGCUGCAUGGCACUACACUCAUUAUUUUUGUCAAGCACUAUGCUUGUGUGUUUACAUAACAUUUACAUAGUUUACAUAGUUUUAAAAAAUAUAUAGGUCCCUGAUUUGUAAUUCCGUGCUUUUGGUGACAGAUGUUAGAAACUUAUUAAACACAGCUGGGUGUGGUCAAAAUCUAUUCUGUACUCAGAAGCCUGAAAUCCAUGCACACAACUGUACUUCUAAAUAUGCUUGUAUUUUGGUGAUGUUGCCAAGAGUUCUAUAUUUACAAAGAAUAAGCCCUGCUGGGGUUCCAAAUCCAAACUUUAAUUUUAUUUUUCCUUUACAUUGAUUUAUUUUUUGUAAAGUAAGAAAACCAAAUUUUUGUUUAAUAUUUUAUUUUUCUGAAGGUGUAAAUGUUAAAUAUAGACUUCAUAAUUUAAAUUGCCAUACUAAAAUGGAGGUCAGUAGAAAUGCCAAACUAUAUUUGAUAGAUGAUACUGACAUUGAAAUAAUUAACAAAAUUACUGCACUGUAAUAAGUCCCAAUAACCAGUUUAAUAGAUAAAAAUGUCUUACAACUGACAGUUCUUGUACAUUGUGAAAAUUCUGUGCUGUAUAUAUUGUUGGUUCAAGUCUUGUAUAUUUGUGUUUGUAGAAUAUAAUGCAAUUGCUAUUUAUCUCUUCCUAAUAUGCAUGUCUCUUUUUUAAAAAAAAAGCCAUUAAAUUUCUUAUUGA